CCGCCCCUUCGGCUUGGCUUUGAUCGAUCUUCCGCAGCAACCAUUCCAGCGUCACGGUAUCAGACUUCUUCUUGGCGAGACUGCGAGGCAGAAGAUUCUGCCACGGUCUGGAACAAACCCCAACAAUAUCACUCGUCAUGGCCAGCCCUAUUGACGAGACGACGCUGUCCACGCUCUCCUUGCUGGAGUCGCGUUUGCUUCGCAUUGAGCACGUUAUCCAUGGCCGCGACUCUCCUACUGCUCCUGCAAGUGGCGAAGACUCGGCGUUGCAACGCAUGGCAGACCUGGAGAGACGAUUCGGGCUCAUUACAUCACGGAUACGCGUCUAUGGAGAACUAAUGAAGAUCUAUAACGCAAAUCCCGACUUCUUUCACGCCCCAAAGCCCUCCGAAAUUCCCUCACAGCUCUCUCCAGACGCUAUUCGAUCGAUUGUACUGGCUUCAGCACCGUCAUUCUCUACGACGCUCUCUGCGUUGACCGCUAUUCAAGAUUCGCCAAUCCCAGACCCGGCCGAGAGCGCGUCGCUUAUUACACUGUCCGAUCGGAUGAAGGCCAUUGAGGCUACUCAACUGGCACAGGCCGCCGAGAUGGCAGAGCUUCGUAGCCGGAGUGAAGUUGCCCUCCGGGCGUGGUUUGAGGGCGACAUGCUACCCAAGUCGGACUUCAUGGCGGAUGUCGAAGACCGUUUCGAGCAAGUGGAAAGAGCAGUCAAGCGCCGAGAAAAUGAAAUCGAACGGGCAAAGGCGAUUUGAAGAAUAUAACGCAUGACGUGCGUCGCUUCACGUUCAAAAUAAAACCCUACGGCGGUCAGCUGUUUAGCUUGCCACAAUCACCGCUCUGAGUAGCCCCAAGGCUGGCUGUCAGCUAUUAGCCAGACUAUGCCUCAUAAUAUGCUAGGCAUUACGAGGAUGAUACAGAUUAGCAAACGACAAGGGCAACAUCUGCAUUCAUUCGCUCGCGCGGCGGUGCAGAUGACCUGGAAUAACUGGCGCUGCCGGACUCAGCUUGAGAGCUCAGCGGCUGUCAAUAUGGACGCCCUUUCGUGUCCAAAACUGUAAAUAUUACGAUACUACGAUGAAUGUAUAUAACUGCCCACCUCACUGAGAUUGCUAGGGCGACACAGAGCCGCCCAAGCCAUAGGUGACCGAUGUUCCGAAGAGCACGCCUUUCAAUACUGUGUUGAAUGCGCGGGAACCGGUGCCUAUGUAAUAAAUGGAAUCAACUAGACUAUCUCAAUACAAACCGAUUCGGAGCUUGUGAG